GCAACAGAGGAGAGUCAAGUUACGUCAAGUGACGCUGAACUGGAUGUAUACAAUGACCCUUUAAGAGGUAAGAAAACCAGGUGAAGUAAGAUUGUUUGAAAGACGUCCCAGUGAAGUUUUUUUGUCCUAUUUACAUCAAAAUUUGCGUAUGUUUUGUGAAUGAAUUUUUGAAGCAGCAAAAGAUCUUUAAAAUUCAAACUUUGCAACCAGUAAAAUAAAAAACAAAGAAAAAAUAAUUUAUUGCCCGAUUCGAUGGAGCAGAAUGCGUAGACAUCAUUAAUUAUUUAUAAGCCACAAAGCGGCAAAUUUGAACGCGACUUCGCUUUGAAGAGCCCUAAAUUAAAGAAGAAUAGGUCAAACUUGGCCCACUAGGCUUUGUAAAACUCAGUUUUCUGAGUUUUAGAGUGCUUCCUUCUAAAUCGACGCACGGCGUUUUAAAGAUUAAAAAUGUAGCUAAAAUUUGAACCUAAAAUGAAUGAUAUUUGCGAAGCAGAAGUAUUUUCCUUUUAAAUUUGAAGAUACUCAAAAUUUGGUCAUUUUUAAUGUGAAAGUCAUUUUCGGCGAGCUGUUGGCACCAAUAGACCUAUUAAAGUCGAGUAUUAAAAAAUUUGCCAACGGAUGACUUUUUGAGGCCGCUACGAGGAAAUUAUUUGACCAAAAGUUUCGCUAACACCUGUUUGUCGGUUAUUGCUCAAAACAUGUUUGGCAGAAAUUUUACGCAAUUUAAGAAUUCUACAGAGAAGAGGAGGCAUUUUGUCAUCGCCGUAUCACCUAUUUCGGUCUUCUAAAUAUUUCACGCCUCUUUAAACAGUUAUGUCAACACCAGGCCCACGCUGUAAACCACUAGUAAACAAAAUGUAGAACCCCCUGACUUUCACAACAGCAAAAUGGCACUUUGCGGUAAAAUGGUACUUUCCCAAUCAAAUUUUUUUUCGGGUGAGCCUCUACGAGCACGUUCUCAAUAGACAAUUACAAGUAUGGGAAAAACCGAGUACUAAUUAAAAAAAAAAGAGAAAAAAAAAAUGUCUUCCGGCGCUCUUUUCUGAAGGAUGGGCAAACCAGGAACUCUUGUCACUCUCAGCACGAUGUUUCUUUUGUUAUCAGAACAUUAAAAAAUUUUAACUUUUUUUGGUCCUGGCUUUGCUUUGCUUUAUGCAUUAUUUCUCAGUAAGUCAUGGGAUUUUAUAUUCUGAUUUGAUAUUUUGGAAAGCGUGACGUAAGUGUAAAAGGAACUUUGGAAACCUUCUCGAGCUCAAUGUAAACCGAACAGACUUGAUCUGGUUAUAGCCAAGCUACAGCUAAAACUCCAAAUAGCUUGCAUAUUUUAAAGCGCACAGAUAAACUCUCCUGAAGGGCGACUGUAAAAGAAAUUGAGUUGAAAUAGGAUCUCCUGGUGAAACUUGUGACAUUUUGGAAAACGUAAGCCGGGUGUAAAAGGAGUUUGCGAAAGCCUUUCGAACUGAAUGCAAACCGAUAAACUUGAAAUUGUAGUAGCCAAGCUACAGCCCAGACUCUCGACAGCUUGCACACAAACAAAAUGAACAGAUAUUAAGCUUUUCUGAUUUUCUGUUUUGCGUAACUCUAAGCUCCUUUAACCUAAAAGUUCGUUUGGAAGUAUGAAGUUGUAGUAUGAAGUCGUAUCACUCAUUACUAUAUCAUUAACACCAAAACUGUGUGCUUUCAGGGAUAGCGAAAGUAUGUCUCGAGGAAGGUAACAAAGAAUACAGACAAGGAAAAGCUAAUAACGCGAUAGACUCCUACACGGAAGGACUUCAAGUCAACUGCAAAGAUGAACGGCUGAACGCCAAGCUUUAUAGCAACAGGGCAACAGCUCAUUUCCGUUUGGGUAACAAUUUUAUUUUUAAAUAUAAAAAUCUCUCAAGCAGAGUUACAAGAUAGCGGAAUACACAAUGUGCAUCAAGAAAAGGAAAAAAUUGAGCAACUGCAGAAAAGAAGCAUAGAAAGAGAUAUCACCCUUUAGCAGACCAAAAUUAAGCAGAGAAAUUAUUCCCGUAAAUGGACUGCAAUUUAUGCAGUUGUAAGUUUUUUUGGCGUCUUUGGUGCGAUUGCAUGCGAUGACCACUUUUUUUAACAUUAUUUCUUGAAUUUCACAGCAAACUACGUGGAAUGUCUCGAUGAUGCAACAGUUGCCGUUCAAUUGGAACCCACUUUAAUCAAAGCUAUUAAGAAAGGUGAGUUUUUCAGACAUAAGCCGUCAACAUUAUAUUCUCUGAUUUCGUCAAAAGAGGAUUGUGUGGUUUGUGGCAGGUAACUGCACCCCAAGUGUCAAUUGUAUCUGGUGUGUCAAUGUCUGUCAUAUGGGUAAAAAGCAUAAGAUAAAGUCAAUAACCUCUCCAAUACCACCGCCUGUUUAGUUCACGUUGUAGAGCGCCAGAGGUCGGGGGUUCAAGCCCAAGACUGGACCAUCACCCUGAGUCUUAAAAUAUCUGAGGACAAUGUGCUGUCGCCUAAGCUGUGACAUAUGCAAAUGGUUCGAGAUUCUUAUCCCGGAUAAGAACUGAAAUCCGUAAGCCCUGUUUCUUGCAUCUUCCCUGUAACUCAAGAGACACCUGAAAAAUUCCCUUUCAAAAGUUGUAAACUGCUCAAUGCAGUUUGCCCGAAAAGUUCCCUGGAAAGUGCUGAAAAGCGCAUUAGAGCACAUUAAAAAGAAGAAUUCGUUAUAUAAAUUUAUCGUUAUCAUCAUCAAUUGAAGCUUAAUUGGUAGCCGCUUUGCAUUAGCUCAUUAGUGUUCAUUUUCAAUUCUUCCACAAGUUCAAAUUUCCUCCAUCAUCACAAUUUUUGUUCCCAACUAAAUGACAAAUUAAGUCAAUUUUAUCAAUACGUUUAUACCUUAACAGUGAUAAAUUACCUCGCUCCACCAAUUAUUCUCUCCUUUUCAGGGUCCAGAGCUUGUGUCGAACUUUGCCGGUAUAAAGAAGCAAGGAGCUGGUUGCAUAUGGGAUUGGCCGUAUCCUUUAACGAAUGUUUCAAACGUGAUACGAGAUGCAAUGCGAGUAAUAUUUCAAGGGAAAUUAAUGCGUUCCGGAGAGAUUCUUCAACACAUAAUGCAAGCAAUGUUCUCUUACACUGCACUGAUCAGUUUAAAGAAGCUGAAAUAUUCUUAAAGAGUUCUUUCGAUUAUUCCACGAAACCAUACUCAAAAAAGAGGCCACGUUAAUUAAUUCUCAGAGUUAGAGUUCAAUACCCCUCGUUUUGUCUUCAGACGAGCAUCACCAUAACUACCGAACCUAAACCGACAAAUGCACUUCAGGGCUAGUUAAAACACUCCAAAAACUUGAAAUCAAAUCUCUAAGAAAACCCACGUUCGAAUCAUCAUUCCAGUUUUAAGGUUCUAUCUAAUACUCUCACUGUUUUUUUUAAAUACACAUUUCCACUGCAUUUUCGCAAAUCUGCUCAUAAUUUAUCAACUCUUGACACGUUUUAAGAUUGAAAAUAACAACAAACGUCUGCUUCAAAUACUAAGGAAAACUAAUGCUGAACUAAUAGUCACAGCAAACAGUUCUUCCAUUCUCGGCAACGCUUAUCAAGGUCUAGGACAGUUCAAAACAGCCAUCCAGUACCAUCAACGUCAUCUAGAAAUUGCUAAAGAAGUGGGAGACAAGGCCGGAGAGGGAGCAAGUUAUGGCAACCUUGGCAACGCUUAUCACAGUCUAGGACAGUUCAAAACAGCCAUCCAGUACCAUCAACGUCAUCUAGAAAUUGCUAAAGAGGUGGGAGACAUAGCCGGAGAGGGAGCAAGUUAUGGCAACCUCGGCAACGCUUAUCACAGUCUAGGACAGUUCGAAACAGCCAUCCAGUACCAUCAACGUCAUCUAGAAAUUGCUAAAGAAGUGGGAGACAAGGCCGGAGAGGGAGCAAGUUAUGGCGAUCUCGGCAACGCUUAUGGCAGUCUAGGACAGUUCAAAACAGCCAUCCAGUACCAUCAACGUCAUCUAGAAAUUGCUAAAGUAGGGGGAGACAAGGCCAGAGAGGGAGCAAGUUAUGGCAACCUCGGCAACGCUUAUCACAGUCAAGGACAGUUCAAAACAGCCAUCCAGUACCAUCAACGUCAUCUAGAAAUUGCUAAAGAAGUGGGAGACAAGGCCGGAGAGGGAGCAAGUUAUGGCAACCUCGGCAAAGCUUAUCGCAGUCUAGGACAGUUCAAAACAGCCAUCCAGUACAAUCAACGUCAUCUAGAAAUUGCUAAAGAAUUGGGAGACAAGGCUGGAGAGGGAAUAGUUUAUUGUAAUUUCGGCAACGUUUGUCACUGUCUAGGAAAGUUCAAAACAGCCAUCCAGUACCAUCAACGUUAUCUAGAAAUUGCUAAAGAAGUGGGAGACAAGGCCGGGGAGGGAUUUAGUUAUGGCAAUCUCGGCAGCGCUUAUCGCAGUUUAGGACAGUUCAAAACAGCCAUCCAGUACCAUCAACGUCAUCUAGAAAUUGCUAAAGAAGUGGGAGACAAGGCCGGAGAGGGAAUCAGUUAUGGCAAUCUCGGCAGCGCUUAUCGCAGUUUAGGACAGUUCAAAACAGCCAUCCAGUACCAUCAACGUCAUCUAGAAAUUGCUAAAGAAGUGGGAGACAAGGCCGGAGAGGGAAUCAGUUAUGGCAAUCUCGGCAGCGCUUAUCGCAGUUUAGGACAGUUCAAAACAGCCAUCCAGUACCAUCAACGUCAUCUAGAAAUUGCUAAAGAAGUGGGAGACAAGGCCGGAGAGGGAAUCAGUUAUGGCAAUCUCGGCAGCGCUUAUCGCAGUUUAGGACAGUUCAAAACAGCCACCCAGUACCAUCAACGUCAUCUAGAAAUUGCUAAAGAAGUGGGAGACAAGGCUGGAGAGGGAAGAGGUUUUGGUAAUCUCGGCAACGCCUAUCGCAGUCUAGGACAGUUCAAAACAGCCAUCCAGUACCAUCAACGUCAUCUAGAAAUUGCUAAAGAAGUGGGAGACAAGGCCAGAGAGGGAGCAAGUUAUGGCAACCUCGGCAACGCUUAUCACAGUCUAGGACAGUUCAAAACAGCCAUCCAGUACCAUCAACGUCAUCUAGAAAUUGCUAAAGAAGUGGGAGAUAAGGCCGGAGAGGGAGCAAGUCAUGGCAACCUCGGCAACGCUUAUCACAGUCUAGGACAGUUCGAAACAGCCAUCCAGUACCAUCAACGUCAUCUAGAAAUUGCUAAAGAAGUGGGAGACAAGGCCGGAGAGGGAGCAAGUUAUGGCAACCUUGGAAACGCUUAUUGCAGUCUAGGACAGUUCAAAACAGCCAUCCAGUACCAUCAACGUCAUCUAGAAAUUGCUAAAGAAGUGGGAGACAAGGCCGGAGAGGGAGCAAGUCAUGGCAACCUCGGCAACGCUUAUCACAGUCUAGGACCGUUCGAAACAGCCAUCCAGUACCAUCAACGUCAUCUAGAAAUUGCUAAAGAAGUGGGAGACAAGGCCGGAGAGGGAGCAAGUUAUGGCAACCUUGGAAACGCUUAUUGCAGUUUAGGACAGUUCAAAACAGCCAUCCAGUACCAUCAACGUCAUCUAGAAAUUGCUAAAGAAGUGGGAGACAAGGCCGGAGAGGGAGCAAGUUAUGGCAACCUUGGAAACGCUUAUUGCAGUCUAGGACAGUUCAAAACAGCCAUCCAGUACCAUCAACGUCAUCUAGAAAUUGCUAGAGAAGUGGGAGACAAGGCCGGAGAGGGAGCAAGUUAUGGCAAUCUCGGCAACGCUUAUGGCAGUCUAGGACAGUUCAAAACAGCCAUCCAGUACAAUCAACGUUAUCUAGAAAUUGCUAAAGAAGUGGGAGACAAGGCUGGAGGGGGAAUUAGUAAUUGCCAUCUCGGCGGGAUUUAUCUCCGUCAAAGAGAGUUGAAAACGGCAAUCGAGUGUUAUGAACGUCACCUAGAAGUAUCCAAAGAAGUGGAAGAUAAGACCGGAGAGGCGUGCGCACUCUGUUCCCUUGGAAGCAGUUUUGAGCGCCAAGGAAAUCUUAUGAGGGCCUUUGACUGUUAUUACUCGAGUGUAGAAUUGUAUGAUGAUAUCAGAGCCAGUCUUCAACUCAACGAUCAGUGGAAGAUUUGUUAUCGUAAUCAGCACCAAGUUGCAUACAAAGGUUUGUGGCGUAUAAAUCUCAAUCGAGGUCAAGUUGUGAAGGCUCUGCUUGCCGCAGAGAAAGGACGUGCUCAAGCUCUGAGAGACCUCAUGGUCACAAAAUAUCGGCCUGGAGAUUCUUUAACGCCCAGUGCAUUCCGCAUUUCUCUGAGGUGGGUUCCAUUGAGCACAGUUUUCAUAGUUAUUAGCGGACCAUGCGUUUACUUCUGGGUUUGCCUUAGUGAAAAUAAAGUCCAGAUGAGAAAAGUACACGUGAACAAAUACAAGUAUGAGGAGGAAUUGGAAUUUUUCGUCCAGCUACUGAACAAAUCUGCUCUUAAGGAGAUCGGUGCAAGAGAUACAGUUACCAGCGAAAAUCCUCCGCUUGACUCGCCGAUAGAUGAGAAAGUGGCCACUGAUGUGAUCCGAGUUGAUGUGAGGCACUCCCAAUCAAGUGCUUUAAAGAAGCUGCAUGACAUCAUCGUUACUCCUAUUGCUGAUCUGAUCGAAGGCAACGACGAGAUCACAUUCAUUCCUGAGGGGCCAUUUUGCCUUGUACCUUAUGCAGCGUUGCAGGACUCCAACUCAUCAUAUCUGGGUGAUUCUUUUAGAAUUCGUGUGCUUCCCUCUCUGACGACCUUGCAACUAAUUCAUGAUUGUCCAGCUGACUUUCACAUGAAGACUGGUGCAUUGCUUGUCGGCGACCCAUGUUUCAAACAUAUCAUCUAUCAGGAAAUACUUUUGGUGCAACUUCCAGGAGCAAGGAAAGAAGUAGAGAUGAUCGGACGUAUCCUCAAUGUCUUGCCUCUCACUGGAGAAAUGGCAACAAAAGAUGAAGUGUUAAAACGAAUAUCAUCAGCGGCCUUAGUUCACAUAGCAGCGCACGGUAAAAUUGAAACUGGAGAAGUUAUCCUAGCACCAAACACCACAAGAGAUAACCCUCAGCCGCAAGAGAAAGACUAUCUACUGACGAUGAAGGAUGUGAUAGAAGCUGGGUUGCGAGCACGUCUGGUUGUACUUAGCUGCUGUCACACAGCUCGUGGGGAGGUCAUGGCCGAGGGUGCGGUAGGCAUGGCGCGUGCACUUUUGGGUGCCGGUGCUAGAUCGGUUGUGGUAACCUUGUGGGCGAUUGGCGACGAGGGAAUCCUGGAGUUCAUGAGUUUCUUCUACGAUGCACUUGCCAAAGGCAAGAAGGCAAGUGAAGCUCUCAAUCAGGCCAUGAAGUGUAUGAGAGAAAUUGAAAAGUUCAAGGAGGUGAUUUACUGGGCACCAUUUGUACUCAUUGGUGACGACGUCAACCUGGAUUUCAAGGAUAUU